AACAUCGGCCUGCAGCACGUCUCCAGGGGUUGCUGUGUGAUAAUGCUAAAGCCCGUCCUGAGGCGUGGCUCCUGCCCUUGGCCUCAUCCCAAAUCUGUGUGGUGCGACAGUCCUGCACUCAGAACACCCCCCACACCGCUCCCCGACAGCCAAUACUGAUGACUCAUCAGGAAAAAAUGCACUGUAUGUUUGAGAAGAAUGCAGAAUGUCAGCUGAUUUUGAGUCUGCAAAGGAUUCUGCAUCAAGGAGGGUCAUCAGGGAUGAGUGGCCACGAAAGCAAAGGCAGUGAAUGACUGAGCUCUCUCCUGGGACUCUGUCUUUUUGCUCAGGAUUGCAGGUUUCCCCCUCUACCACCGCCCCUGCGUCAGAUGAUGCUCGCGGUCUCAGCCUAUAAAAGAUGCCGGUGUGCCAUCCCGACUGGAACUCUCUCUCUCUCUUUCUCUGUCUUCCCACAUCCUCACACUUCACUCACUCGGUCUGUGAUCUCGACCAUUUCAGCAUGAGUUAUUCCGGCGACAUGUACACGAGCAGCUCAUACAGGAAGAUUUUUGGAGAUGCGCCACGGCGCGUCCCCGUGGGCAGCAGCCCGUCCCGGGUGACGGUGAGUUACCGCUCCGGACCCCAGCAGCAGCACCGCACCUACGGCUCUCCAUCCCCCAUGAUUACCUCCUCAAGUUACCGGACCAAACUCGCAUCCGGCCGCGGCGGCGGCUUCCAGCCCAUGCCGGACACCGUGGACCUGACGCAGACCACCGCCAUCACCAACGAGCUGAAGAUCAUCCGCACCAACGAGAAGGAGCAGCUGCAGGGCCUGAACGACCGCUUCGUGACGUUCAUCGAGAAGGUGCACAACCUCGAGCAGCACAACAAAGUCCUGGAGGCGGAGGUCGCGCUGCUGCGCCAGCGUCACAGCGAGCCGUCGCGUCUGCACGAUCUCUACGAGCAGGAGAUCCGCGAGCUGCGCGCGCGCGUCGAGGAGCUGACGCACGAGAAGAGCCAGAUGCACCUGGACUGCAUGCAGAUGAACGAGGCUUUGGAGCGCGUCAAGGAGAAGCUGGACGAGGAGACCCGACUGCGGGAGGAGGCCGAGAACAGCCUGAAGGGAUACCGCAAGGACGUGGACGACGCUACCCUGUCCCGCCUGGAGCUCGAGAAGAAAGUUGAGUCCCUGCUGGAUGAGAUCGCGUUCCUCAGGAAAGUGCACGAGGAGGAGCUGCAGGAGUUACAGGCGUCGCUUCAGGCCACCCAGGUGUCUGUUGAGAUGGACGUCAGUAAGCCUGACCUUGCUGUGGCCCUGAAGGACAUUCGUGCUCAGUACGAGUCUCUCUCUGCCCGGAACCAACAGCAGGCAGAGGAUUGGUACCACUCCAAGUUCACCACUGUGACAGAGGCAGCAGCGCGCAACAACGACGCUCUGAAGCAGACCAAGGAUGAGCUGUUUGAGUACCGCCGACAGCUGCAGGGCCGCACGCUGGAGAUCGAGGCCUUGAGAGCCCAUAAUGAGGCCUUAGAGAGACAGCUAGCGGAGAUGGAGGACCGCCACAACAACGAGAUCGGCGAGCUACAGGACACUAUUCAGCAGCUGGAAUCUGCUCUGAGGAGCACAAAAGGUGAGAUGUCCCGCCACCUGCGUGAAUACCAGGACCUGCUGAAUGUCAAGAUGGCACUGGACAUUGAGAUCGCAGCCUACCGGAAGUUGCUGGAAGGUGAGGAAUGCCGUCUGAGCUCUGUGGGCGGAGCCAUGCUGCAGUCUGCCUACUCUUAUCCAUCGAGCCGCACUUAUGCCCUAAGCGCUUACAGAAAGGUCGAAGCCAAACCUGAGACAGAGGAAGAGGAAGAGCAAGAAGAGGAGGAGGAGGAGAAGGAAGAAGAAGAAGAAGGAGAGGAAGAGGAGGGAGGAGAGGAAGGAGAGGAGGCAGAGGAAGGAGAAGAACAGGAAGAAGGAGGUGAGGAGGAAGAGGAGGAGGAAGAACAGGAGGAUGAGAAGGAAAAGGAAAAAGUAGAUGAGAAGAAGGAAAAGGAAGAAAAGAAGAGCCCAAAGGAACAGAAAGAGAAUGAGAAGGAGAAAGUGAAAGAAAAGGAAAAGGAAAAGGAGAAAGAGAAGGAAAAGGAGAAGAAGAGCGAUAGCAAGAGUGAAAAGGGGGACAAUAACAAGGGCGAAAAGGCUGCUGCGGUCAAGAGCAAGUAAAGCUGCAUACCAUCACCGAUCCUGCCACUGCUGUACUUCACUCACUCACACAUCCGUCUGGACCCCUCCGUGUCCUCCUUACCUCUCUGUCCCUCUGCCAAAUUCACCACCACCAAACAAACAUCAUCCACUCAUCUUCACUUUCAUUUCACUAGGUAUGGCUGAUUUCAUCUACUGAUGUAUCAGGAUCUCUGCGGGAAAGCAACAAGUCAGUAAUGAAGGUACUAAAAUGGAAGGCUGGCUAGUUUUUUGUAUAGCACUCAAGAGAUUAAACAGCGUCUAUGCAGAGAGUAUAUGAAGUAGUUCAGCCAAAAAUGGCAAUUUUGUCAUCAUUUACUUUCUUUCAAAAGGAGAUAUUAGGCAGAAUGUUGGAGUUUGUGUUUUUUAAUACAACAGAAGUGGAUGCUGAGUAAACUUCCAAGCUCCAUAAAGACAAAUAAGCAGCAUAUACGUAUCAUAAUUAUUGUUCAUGCAAUUUGUGCAAGUCUUCUGAAGUUGUAUGAUUUGUGUGACAGAACGUCUGAAAUAUAAAUAAUUUUUCACUUAUAAUCUUCAUAUCUCCCUUGCUCUCAAAACGUAAAGUGGUUGUUCACCCAGAAAUGAAAAUGUUGUCAUCAUUUAGUCUCAUUUACUCAUGUCAUUCUAAAACCAUUAGACUUUGGUCAAUCCAGGUAACUAAAACUUAAAAGAUCCAGAAAAGCUUAUAAAGACUUCAUGAGGGUGAUUAAAUGAUCGCAGAAUUUUCAUUUUUGGGUGAACUGUCAGAGUUGUUCAUGUCAAGACCUAGCAGAAAAAAAAUGUGCCAUUUUUUUUAUUCAACGCAAAUGCAAAGGAGAUUUGUGACCUCAUAUGGACCGCUUUUAUGAUACACAACGUUUUUUUGUUUUGGGUGGGGGUUGGCAGUAAACACCAUCAUGCACUUCUAUUGUAUGGAAAAUAAGAACUUUACGUUUAAGCUAGUCUUUGUGUUUCACUAAAGAAAAGACAAUAAUAUGGGAUCAGAAUGACAUUAGGGAGUGUAAAUGAUGGCAAAAUGUUACUUUUUCACAUCAAGACAGCAAAGACCCCAGUCACACCUGGUGUUCACGUGCCAUUAUUGCCAGUAGUGCAAAUGACAGCACAAGGGAAGGUGAUGCCAUGCAAUCCAAAUGCACAGGCAAUCGGUGCAAAACAGACCAAGUGUGCAGGUUCCAACCUCUCGGUGCUAUUUGAUUUUAAAAAUAAAUGAGUUUGGACUUGGAAGAGGUAAUUACUCAUAGAGCAAAAGCAUAUCCAUUAUAUAGAGCUUCACUUGAGUCCUGAAUGUAUGUCACGAGCCAAGCACAGGGACAUGCACCUCUCCUAAUUUUCCAGCAAUUUAAGGGAAUCUAUACCCACAUGAAUGAAAGUGUCCAAGUUCAUUUAAUUAAGUUCACUCAUAGGUUAAAGAAUGUUUCAUUUACAUUGUCAUGCAAAGCAUCCAUCAUUUUUGAACAUUAAUGUAUGCAUUUGUCCAUCCAUUUAUGGUUUCCUUAAUUGCACUGGUCACAGCACGGCAAACGUGGCGGCAUGGAGUUCAACAAGGUUGAUGAGAUAAAAGAUGAAAUAUUUAUGGAUUUCUUGGGGAGGGUUUCAGCGUUUAGAUUUGGGAGAGAAGAGUGCAUUGUGCAUCUGUAGUGUGGGAAAAUCCUUCUGCAAUUUAGAUUCUGACGCUUUAGAGACGAUUGCUGCUAAAUAUCCCUCUUUUCCUUCCUGUGUUCAAAAAUGACCUCCUCUUGAUUGAUUAAUUCUUGCUGGAGCAGAUCUCUAUUUCUGAAGUAAAUCUUCCUCUCCAUCCUGAUCUCUUUAUGUAUUUCCCUUAUUCUCUCUUUCUCAGUGUCUUUUUCCAACUUUCUCUUUCUAAUCCAUGGCAUGACUUCCUUCUGAAAGAUGGAUAAGUUUCCUGUGUUUAGCCCUUUUUUUGUGUGUUUCUGCUCACAAAAGGGUGAAUUUUGUUAUAUGCCCAGGCCACUACUGAAAUCAGAAGAAAAAAUAUUUUUUUGUAAAAAGAAAAUGAAGAUUACAUUUUAAGAUUUGUUACUCCCACACCCAAUGUAUUACAGUAAAAAUAAUGAGAACAAUAAAUAAUAUUUCCAGCAUUUUACUAUAAUACUUGGUAUGUUUUAUAGUAAAAAUGCUGUAAUAUUAAAUUAAAUUGAAUU